CUUUCUUCACAGAAUUGUCCCUGAGGUGAGUGUCUUGUAUCUGUAUCUCACUUUUCCAGGAUUAAAUAAGAUCACCGCAGACUGUAAGCUCAUAGGAGCAAAAUUAUUUUCAUAUUUUAAUAUUCUAAUUUCUAGAAUUUAUAAAUUGAUUUAAAAAAUAAUAAUACUAAUCAGGAUGACAGUGAAUCUGUAAUAAAAAAAAAAGUAUGAUUCCCAACUUCAGAUUAAAAACAUAAACUUCACACUAUUUGACAAUCGUAUAAACUGCAGAAAUGUGUCCUAUGUGGCUAUUAUCGCAUGCAAGGUGUAAAUCCCUGAUUAGCUCUCCACACUACCCCAAUAGUCUACUAAUGACAAUUAAAUAAAGAACAUGAUCUGCAUGCACUCCAUUCUCUUACAAUGUGGCCAAAUGCUGUAGACCUUUUGGUUUGUUUUUGUUUAUUGGUUAAAUUUUUUUCCAGAUUUUACGUAUUAAAUUGUCAGGAAAGUCUAUAUGGAACUAGUCUUUAUAAAAUAUUUCUAAAAGUCAUCUUAAAUAACAAGGUGUGUAUGGAGGGUAACUUUAUUAUCUUGAAUUGUGUGUAGAGUACAGUGAAAACUCGGAACUCAAACUUAAUCUGUUCCAGAAGGCUUUUCGAGUUCCGAUUUGGUCUAGAACAGAAUCAACAUUUCCCAUAAGAAUAAAUGUAAAUUUGAAUAAUCCGAUCCAGACACCCAAAGUUAAAGCAUUUUAACAUAAAUUUUACAGUUUAGCCCCUUAAGGACCGCGGACGUACUAGGCAUCCUGCAAUACCUCUCCUGACUGCCGAGGUGCCGAGUGAGUGAUCACCCCCGGGUUGCCCCACGUGGCGCCCAGCAAUGUAGCAGAGCAUCGGAAGCCAUUGGGCAGGCAUCCGAUGCUCUACCUGUGUGCUGAGUGCCUCAAGGCACUCAGUGAAGACAAAUAAAAUCAAUAAAGUCAAUAAAACAAAAACAAACAGAAUACUUGAUGCCUAAUGUAUGGAAGCUUGAGAUAGCUGUUGUGGCUUCACAAGCAUGUAUGUCACGCUAGAGCACAACAAAAAUAAAGAAUUAAAAAAACAAAACAGAAUACAAUAUUCUGGAGAUAUUGCUGAAAACAUAUUGGGGUGUUCUUUGUCAGUAACAAAUAACAGGAACUGAGAAUCCAUGCCUAAAGUACAAUGUGAGAGAAUAACAACACAAAAAAAUGACUACCCAAAAGGUUGACAAAGACUGGUGGUAGAAUUAGUGCAUGGAAUGUGUUAAAAUACCACCAUUUGAAGUACCCUAGGGUGUCUACUUUUCAAAAAUAUAUGGUUUGAUGGGGGUAAAUUACAUUGGCCGGCUUCAGAAAUGUCUCAAAUAGGACAUGGGUGCAUGAUGACCAGCUGUAAAAAUUCCAAGUUGUUAAACUGGAACGCGCACCCUCCAAAUAAGGUCUUUUAGCCCCCAGAGAACCAGACAAACCUAUACAUGGGGGGUAUCACUGUACUCAGGAGAUGUUGCUGAACACAUAUUGGGGUGUUCUUUGGCAGUAACCCUUAAAGUCCUCCGUACAUGUAUUCUUAAAUUGCUGUGUGUGUCAAAAAAAAAAAAAUCACCAAUAAUUUUUUUUUUUUAUUUGGCAUGGAUUGGUGGUAAAAUGGCUGCAUGAAAGAGUCAAAAUACCCCAAGUUUAAUACCUUAGGUUGUCUUCUUUUAAAAAAUAUAUACAUUGAUAUGAUGACAAUAAUGGUAUCUUUAGAAAGACCAUUUAAUUACGAAAACAAAACAGUAUAUAAUAUGUGUGGGAACUGCAAAUGAGUAAAACGAAAAUUACAGCUAAACACAAACACUGCAGAAAUGUAAAAAACGGCCCUGGUCCUUAACGGUAAGAAAAUUGAAAAACGAGGUUAAUACAUUACAUGCAUAAAAUCAUAUAUAAAAAAAACACAAUGUAUGGUAAAUGAAAAGAAAUGAUGAGAGUUGAUGGGGUAAGUGGGAAAGAGAAGAAAUAUUUUUGGUUGGAUGUGGAUAGGUUACAUUUAAAAUGUGUCUAAAGUGAGACAUAGCUUUAUAAUUGAACAUGUUUGUGGCAUUAUUUGUUUAGGUACCAAGAAUCGUUCGUGUACCAAGACAUUUUUUACUUAAAUUUUUUGUUCGACUACCGAAUUGUUUGGCUAAGGGAUCGUUCGAGUUCCGAGGUUCCAUUGUAUAUUGUUUAAUUGAUUACUGUCUCUUUCUAAUUGGCUGGAGAUAAUGAAUGCAUGUAAGAUGUGUUUGUGAGUUCGUCACCAAGGUAUGUACAGUCAGGAAUCACAGUGAAUUGAAAAUUUAUUUAAAAUUUAGGUCACAAUUUCCAUAUUUUCCAACCUUGAUUUGUGUUCAUUUGGGAUACCUUGGAUUACAAUAUUAAAAUCACUUAAUUCGCUUUGAAUUCCUGAUAACUCUGCGAGUCAGUUGCUUCCAAAAAAAGAACAUUGCAAAUGUUUUAUUUUUCAGCUUAUACAGAGAAUUAUGGUAAAUUGAGAAUUAACUAGCAAACAUUUAGGCAAAAAUACUUUCAACUCGUUUUGCAAUUUUCUAAUUACCUUCACAAUCCAUUCCUCAACGUGUACGCAAUAUUGUAAUAUGCAGGAGUCUCUCACGAAACUAAUAAAGAGAUUUUUACAGAGCAAAAACGCUGUACAACGCUACAGCACAGACUGGUGUAUUCAAAAUAUUGACAAUAUUUAUAAUGUUUCCCAGGUGAGAAAGGCAACCCUUUGCAGGAUGUGGGUAACAUGCACAGUCUUUGCUUUGAGCAUGUUUUAUGCGGCAGCUCAGGAGGUGACAAACACGAACAGGACGGUAGCUUUGGAUAUUGAGAAUAUCGAGAACGUGCCAGACGUUACGAAAAUCAUCAACUUAAAAGAUGUGUAUGCGAGAAAAGGUAUAUUUCCCAAUGAAUGUGUUGCUUUAUGCACCAUAAUCAUCUAUCUCUAUUCAAGUCUAGAUUUGCAUUCUUCUUAAUCUCACACACUGGAAUAAAGAGCGCUUGGGUUUAUUUACGAAACAAUGAACUGUAACAGGCUAAAAAUCGAAUUGGCAAAUGUAAUUCCAAAUGGCAAAAUAUGAAAAUCACUAAUACUCAGUUCAGAAUCUUUUAGUUAAAGUCUGUUAUAUAAAAGUUUUCAAUUCUCCACAACUUGCGGUUUAGUAAAUAAUUCCUUGAGAAAGCAUUUUCCAGCGUUUAACCCCUUAAUGACACAUGACAUGUGUGACAUGUCAUGAUUCCCUUUUAUUCCAGAAGUUUGGUCCUUAAGGGGUUAAGGGGUUUAUCUGCCUAACACAAGUGAAGGAUUGCUGGAUGGACAAACAUUGGUUAUGACAUUUACAUUUGUUUUUCGGUAAAUAUUUAAAUGGACACUAUAGUCACCAGAACCACUACAGUUAAAUCGGUUGGUUCCGGUGUCUAUAGCCUGUCCCUGCAGGCUCAGCACUGUAAACACUCCAUUUCAAAGAAAAGGCAGUGUUUCCAUUGCUGCCAAGUAACAUCUCUAAGUGCAGUCACUCAGAUGGCCACCCGACGGGCUUAAUACAUUCAGUGGCUUCACACACUGCGUGGAGAAGCUGAAUGCUGCCCAUAGAGAUGCGUUGAUUCAGAAACUGAUUGGCCGGGGUGGCGUUUUGCCGCGCAUGUGCAAUAGUAUUUCAUAUUGUAAAGCAUUAUAUUGGCUAAAAUCAUCAAGAUUGGUGAUUUCAGCCAUGGAGGCAGCUGUGGCGAAACCAGUGCAGCAAGGGAAAAAUUGCUUUUAAAAUGAUAAAAUGAAAGAGAAAUAUUUAACUUCUCUCAUAUUUUGAUACAUUUCAUUAUAUAUAUUUUUGAUAUUUUAAUAUUUUGGAAAAGAAUCUUGACUCAAGGAUUCACUAUGGCUGACCAUGAAGGCACGGCGCAUGCGACAUCACGGUAUAUUACGGUAUGAGAGCAGGGAAGUAAGAUUCCUAGCUCUCAUACCCAGCAGACUUGGAGGCGUGGCUUGAAGCCACGCUUCCAAGUCUUCUAUUUUGUUUAAUACUGGGUUUUGAACGGUAUGACAAGUGGCAGUACUGCACGCAUUAUAACAACUUCAAUAAGAUGACAUUUUUAAAGUGCCUACAGCGUCCCUUUAAUUUGAAGCCUUAGUAGUUUAGGAAUGCUGCCAUGGAGCGAUUUUAAUUAAAGGGUUACUCCAACUCUAAAUCAGUAAUAAGGGUGGACAGUGCUGGGCAAACAGUCCUGAUAAUUAUCAUUUUUUUGGAAAAGCAAUAAUUUGUAAAUGUGCAUCCUUCCUAGAUUCACUUGAACCCAAGUUUCUUUAAAAUUAGUAAUUUGUCGGAACCCUAUACAUAAUGUUCAAAUUGAAAAGCAAUGAUGUUAGAGUUUGCACCGAAUGCAGCUAGUGCCGGAAAUCAGGCUGGAUUUCAGCCAUUUUUACAGAGCUUCAUUUAUCCGGGCAAAACCUAAUCUAAAAAAAACUUUGGAAUGGAGAUUCCCCACCGUGCUUCUCUGUUAGAAUCAUACGAUUCAACAAUUCUCAGCUUAAACAGGAAGCGCUGGGCAAAAGAAAAUCUUCAUUAGCAGAAAAAGAGAGGUUUUUUUUUUCAAAAGAGAGAGAUUAGCAAACAUUUGUGUGAAUUUUAUAUAUAUUUUUUGCAACAAUAAUUUGCUUUAAAACAAAUAUAUAUAUUUUUCAGGGAAAUAGAGUUUCCCUUUAAUAUUGGGUGCUGAAAAUUACUCCCCCCAAUGUUUGACAAACUAGAAUAUCUAUAUCCUAGUGCCUGAGAUUAAAGGAACUGCAGCCUUUUAACUAGCAUGAACACUAAUCCUAAAAGAAUUACAAUUAUAUACACACACACACAAAAUGGUGAAUAAUGUAUUAUGAGAAGAUUAUGCUCUUACAGAGUUCUGAAGAAUUCACCCUCGGUCUCGUGGUUUAUCAUGAUGUCUCCAGACCCCUCAAUGGCAUUAUUUCCCAUAAUAAAUGAUUUAAUAUUAUGUAUCAUAUAUAGUUUGGAUUUUGCUAGAGACAACACUAAGAACAUAUAAAUAAUGCUUAGAUUAUACAUUUUACAAGAUUGAAUUUUUUAUAUUCAUGAAUUAUUAAUAUUUAUCAAGCAUAAUAAAACCUAAAUUCAUCUUUAUAUCAGUCUUUUUCGCCAGGGACUGCGAUGAACUCUACCAGCUGGGCUACCGUAAAAACGGUCUUUAUAUAAUCCGGCCAGAUAACUCCAUCAUGAUUGUGGUCCAGUGCUACAUGCAUGACUGUGGUGGGUGGACGGUUAUCCAGAAGAAUAGCUUUAACACGGAGAUCACGUGGAGUGUGGCUUGGAAAACAUACAAAUUCACGUUCGGCAACAUGGCAUCUGACCAUUGGCUUGGCCAUUAUUAUAUACACCUGCUAACAGUGCAGAAAUGGAACAAAGUAAAGAUUAUUCUGGUCGAUUCUAAAAACACAACCAGGUACGCAGAGUAUGACAGUAUCUAUGUGAAGGAUGAAGAUCACGGGUACCAGCUGCGACUAGGCACCUACAGCGGUGAUGCCGGUGACUCUAUGACUUCCAGUUCCCUCAUAAACAUGCAUGACAACAUGAAGUUUUCCACCCACGACCGUGACAAUGAUCGAAGCCACAAUAAGAACUGUGCUGACAAACAUGGAGGUGGUUGGUGGUAUGAUUCGUGCUAUGUUGCCCAACUCAAUAAGCAAAACGGAAUCCACUGGGCAACGUUAUGUGACCAUAACUGUAGAAAGUCUAUUAUUAUGAUAGCACCUAUCCAAAUGCACUGCUAUCGGGUCUAGAUCAUAAGUCAAGGAGGUAUCUCAAAAGGACUGAAAGUGGUUGGUAGCAUCAGUCAUUAAUAGUAAAAUCUCAGUGCAAAUAGAUCUGGGAAAAACUCCAAUGCUCUAAUUGCACCAGCAAAAAUUAUUGGUCCAUUUGGAUUGGGAGAUACAAACAAAAUUGGUUGUGGUCCUUAACCCAGUCAUCAAGGCACACUCCAGGUGUUCUCAGGAUUGGGACCAAGCUAGGAAUUCUGAAAUACUGGGCUCUUGGUGUGCCUUUAAUAUCGGGUUAAGAACUACUGAUCUAAAUCAAAAUAAGUGAGUAAAUUAAUUGAUAUAAAAUAAAUAAUAAAAUAUACACCUAUGUACUUUUUAAUUAUAUAAACAAUAUUCCUGUCAUUGAAAUGCUUAAAGUGGUUCUGUUCCUUUCAGAUCGGGUCUUGAUCAUAAGUUAUAGUAAUUGAUAUGCAAAUGAGGGACUACUGUACAAUAUGGG